GAGUUUUUACCACCAACAAGGUUUUUUAUUCGCAUGGCUUCAAUAUGUCGCUUUUGUGUUUUAGCUACGAACUAGUUACAUGAAAAUACUACAUUUCAACCUACAACUGGACAAAAUGUAACCCAAAGAUCAUUUUUAUGAAAUCUUCAGGAAUACAAUUUUCAGUGUUACACGUUUCAGUCAUCGAGUUUUCUAAUCAAGGCAGGAUUCGCUUGAAAGUACUGAUAGCUUACAGAGACAACGAAGUAGUAUGCAUCGGCUGACCGCUUUUGCAUUGUUUAUAAUGAUCCUACACUUGGCGUUCUCCGCUAACCAGUCGGUAAAGUCUCAGUCACAACCGGCCUCUAGCUGUUCGGCCCAUGCGACCAGUGGUGUACCAGGGGUCCCUGGGAUGCCUGGGCGUAACGGAAGAGACGGUGCUAGAGGAUCAACUGGAGCACCAGGUAAAAAAGGACCUGCCGGCCCUGUAGGGCCUAAGGGGGAUAAAGGUCCUGCAGAAGCACCACGGAAAAGAGGCUCUCAGGGUGUAAAGGGAGAUCAGGGCCCCGCUGGAGUAGUCCCUCAAAGAAACUGGAAACAAUGCACGUGGAAGCCUCUGGAAGACUACAGAGACUAUGGGUUGAUAAAGGAUUGCGUCUUCGUUAAAAAAAGUCCAGAUACCGUCUUGAAAGUUGAGUUCGACGGCGAUUUUAGAGUAGCCCACUGCAAAAGGUGUUGUAAACGUUGGUAUUUCACUUUCAACGGCAUUGAGUGCGCUAAACCAGCUCCCAUCGAAGGUAUUGACGCCAUUUGGCAAAAUCAUGGUAAAACAGACACCAAUAUUCACCAGCACAGUCAAAUCGGAGGAUACUGCGAGGGAAUUGGAUCGGCAACCGUUCGCGUGGGACUAACGGUUGGAGAUUGUCCAGGAUUCGGAAAAGGUUUCGACACCUACACCGGGCACAAAUCUGUGACGCGAAUCAUGAUUGAGGAAGUCCCUAAACCACAAUAACUGUACGGCCCUGAAACAAAAUCAGCCAUUGGUUGAUUAGUGCCGCUGGUCGAAAGUAGUGACUGUAACUAUAAAGAAAACCUUGAUUUUUGUAAGAAACGUAGCACUUUAAGGUAAAGGUAAGCUUUAUUGAGGUUGAAUAACAGAGCUAAAUGGAACACCCCGCUUCUACCUCGUCACUAAAACUUCCGCUUUAUAUUCCUAAUGCGCAUUUUUUCGCACAUGUCUCGCAAACACUCAUACAUCAUAGAGCAUAAAAUAACCGCAACUAGUAGCCGUUUUCGAACUUUGGCCACCAGUUGCCGUUUCGGAAUUUUGGCCACCACUAGCCGUUCUGGAAUUUUCGCCAGUAGCCACUUUUCCCAUUUUGGCCAAAACUUGCCGUUGUGGCAUUUUCGUAAUUAUUGCCCGCUAUAGCAUUUCGACUAUUAGUAACUGUUUCGACAUUUUAACCACUAGUGACCGUUUUCACAUUUCGGCCACUAGUGGCCGUUAUAGCAUAUGGCUGGCUGUUUUUUAACAUUUUAGCCACCUGUGGCCAUUUUGGUAUUUUGGCCUCUAGUGACCGUUUUGGCAUUUUCUCCACUAGUGGCCGUAUUGACAUUUUAGCCACCAGUGGUCAUUUUGGCAUUUUCUCCACUAGUGGCCGUUUUAACAUUUUGUUCACUACUGCAUGGCCGUUUUGGUAUUUUCUCCACUCGCAACCGUUUU